AUGAUCACACCGGUUAUUAACCACAUGUCUGUUGUUACAACAUCUAUCUAUAAUUGUAAAGAUAUAUGUGAUUUGAAUGUUUAUGUACACGAAAAUGCACCUGUUGAAAAUUUAAAAUGGAAUUUAAUAGAUUUACUGAAACAACGUGUUAAUACAACAAAUUAUUUUGAUCAAUUACAAUUUUCAUUAUCAACAACAUCAAAAACAACAACAGCAACUUAUUUUCAAUUAUCAUCAUCGAUAUUAUCCUACAAUCAUUCUCAAUUAGAUCGUGAAGAAUUUUGUAAACUAAAUUUAUGUUCGUAUGAACAAUAUCAAUGUGAUUUGUCAUUGAGUAUAUUUACUCAAACAUCAUUUAUUGUCAUAUUUCAAUUAAUUAUUCAAGAUCAAAAUGAUAUUGUACCUAUAUUUGAUCAAUCAAAUAUUGAUAUUGUUAUACGAGAAAAUUUACAACCAUUUUAUCAUUAUCAAUUGCCCACAGCUCGUGAUCUUGAUUCUAAUAUGUACAAUAUUGACAAAUAUUCGUUUGUUAAUAAUGAAUUUAAUCAUAUAUUUGAAUUAAUUUAUUCUAAUAAUGAAUUGAAUUUAAAAGUACUAAAAACACUUGAUUGUGAACAACGUUCAUCUUAUCAAUUAAAAAUUAUUGCACAAGAUAAAGGUGGACAAAAAUCAAAUAUAUUAUCGUGUAAUGUAACUGUUGGAGAUUUUAAUGAAUUUCAACCAAAAUUUCAACAGCAUUCAUAUAAUAAAUAUAUAAAUGAGAGUUUCCUUGUUAAUGAUACAGUGAUGAUAGUUAGUGCAACUGACGAUGAUUGUUAUGAUAAAAUUAUUAUUUAUUCACUAAUAUCGGAUUCUAUUGUCGCAUUACCAUUUAGAAUUAAUUCAAAAACAGGCGAAAUUAUGUUAACACGUUCAGUAGAUUAUGAACAACAAACAACAUAUCGUUUUCGUAUUAAAGCAGCAAAUCAAGAUGGAAUAACAAAUAGUAUUGUUCCAGUAACAAUACAAGUACUAGACGUCAAUGAUAAUGAACCACGAAUUUACACUAAUAUAUUAGCUAAUUACAAGAUAAUAAACAGAAAAGAGAUUGAUAAUGAUAAUGUAGAAUCAAUUAUUGUUGAUGAAAAUAUUAGUAUUGGUCAAGUUAUCGGAACAAUUCUGGUUAAAGAUGAUGAUAGUAUGAAGAUAAACAAACAAUUGACUAUUAGUCUUUUAUCAUGUUUACCAUUAACAAUGAUUUGUCCAUUAAUAUUGGAUCAUGAUAGUAUGACAAUACGUAUUGCAAGGGUGUUAGAUACAGAACAAGAUGAUAUGUACAAAAUUGUAUUACAAGCAAAUGAUCAAGGUACACCACCAUUAUUGAGUCAACGUCAUCUGUUCCUUUAUAUACGUCAUCGACCUCGUUUUACUCAAAAAAAAUAUUAUUUUUAUUUAUCUAUUUCAUCUUCACCAGGAUCAACAAUUGGACAUGUUGAAGCGAAUUCAACUGAAUCAAGACUAAUAGAAUAUACUAUAGUAACAGCAACUAAUUUUGUAGAUAUUGAUUCUACUAACGGUACAAUAUAUUUAAAAGAAUUUAUUUAUAUUGAAUAUGUUCUAAAUUUGACUGUUCAAGCAACUAAUACACAAAAUCGAGCAUUGUUCGAUCAAACAAUUAUUCUAAUUCAUAUGUAUAAUCAAAAUAAUUGUUCACCUUUAUUCGAUCAUUUAUCCUAUACUUUUAAUGUAUCUGAACAACACAUAUCUCCAUUUGAAAUUGGACAGGUCCAUGCAAUGGAUUGCACAUCAAAUAAUAAAUUAUCAGUCACUUACACGUUAAUUGAAGCAGAUACAUUACCAUUUCGAAUUAAUAAUGAUAAUGGAAUGUUGAUAGUAACACACGAAUUGGAUCGUGAAACAAUUGAUAAAUAUGAUUUUUAUGUUAUGGCUACGAUUGAAAAUCGUACUACAAGUAAAACACGAAUCUAUGUUUAUGUUAUUGAUCGAAAUGAUCACAUACCAACAUUUGUGGAUAAUUAUACUGAACGUUUUAUUUAUGUAAGUUCAAUUGAACUUUCCACCUCUUCAUCAUCAACAUCACUUAUACGUCGUCAUAAUAGUGACAUUGAUAAUUCACUAGCAUCAGAGUUUGUUACCAAUGUCUACGCUAUCGACAUGGACGAUGGUCUAAAUGGAAAAAUAAACUAUUAUUUUUCGAAUAGCGAUGCAUAUCAUCACUUUCAUGUAUAUAACAAUGGUUCAAUAUAUUUGUAUAAUGGAAAAAAUCUUCCUACACCCUAUCGUUUAGAAAUAUAUGCUAAAGAUAAUGGUCAACCAGCAUUAACAUCAAAAAAUUCUAUACUAUUUUAUGUAUGUGACAUUAAUCGGAAACACGAAUGUAACGAACAUUAUCAAGAUGAAAAACUAAUUACAACAUUUUUAUUAGAUGAACCAUCAAAAACAAAUUAUUAUUUAGGUUCACUGUUUAUUAUGAUAGCAAUUAUUUGUUUUGUAUUUAUUGUUAUUUCAUGUACAACAUACCACGUAUUUCUUAAAGUUAAACAUUCAACAAAAAUGAGUCAACGAACAUAUAAUUGUCGAAUUGAAGCGAGAAAAAAUCUUAUUGUAUCAGAUAGUUUGUAUGAUAAUACAACGACAACAAACGGACAAUUGAAAUCUGUUAGUGUGUGA